AUGGCCGACAUAGAAGCUAUGUAUCAUCAAGUCAAGAUCCCAUCAUAUGAUAGAGAUGCCCUACGGUUCUUGUGGCGUGAUGGUGCAAGAGACGUGAUCCAUUAUCGCAUGACCUCACACGUAUUUUGGGGAGUAUGGUGCGCCAGCAGUUCGACAUACGCUUUGCGACGCACGGUAAAGGACCAUGGAGAUGUCGACCCUGCGGUAAGUGACACAGUAACUAGAUCGUUCUACGUCGACGACUGCCUCAAGUCAGUCGAAACGAAAGCUGAAGCCCAAAUAAUUAUAAGAGGAACACGAGACCUGCUACAGAAGGGCGGAUUUAGAUUAACGAAGUUCGUGGUGAACAGUCGAGACCUUCUCGCGAGCAUACCGGUGAGUGAUCGAGCAAAUGAAGUAAAGGACUUGUGCCCUAGUGCAGAGAGUAAAGCGUUAGGGAUUAAGUGGAACAUUGAGACCGAUGAGUUUGUUUUUGAGGUAAAGGAAAAACAAGGCGGCGUGGUGACGAGACGCCGCAUGUUAAGCCUGAUAUCGUCAGUGUUUGACCCUCUGGGCCUGAUUAGUCCUAUAGUGAUAACAGGAAAAAUCCUCUUCCAGGAAGCCACGAGACUGAAGCUAUCGUGGGAUGAUGAAGUGCCCAUAGAUCUCGGUAGGAAAUGGGAAAUAUGGCAGGGAACACUACUAGACCUGAGACUUAUAAGCGUAGCAAGAUGUAUCAUGCCGACCGAAUCACGUGACGCAGUAUGUGAACUACAUCACUUCAGUGACGCCAGUGAGAAAGCGUACGGACGUUGUACUUAUAUGAGAUGUAUAAGUAAGCAAGGCAGAAUACACACCACCUUAGUAAUGAGCAAAGGUAGGGUGGCGACGAUAAAACAACUUACGAUCCCACGCUUGGAGCUGCAAGCUGCAGUGUUAUCAGCGAAGGUGGACUGUCUAUUGAGGCGAGAGUUGGAGCUCUGCAUAACCAAGUCAUAUUUUUGGACUGACAGUGAACUGGUUUUGAAAUACAUUAAGAAUGAAGCGCGGAGGUUCCAAGUAUUCGUAGGCAACAGGAUCAGUACAAUCCGACAGCUGACAGAACCUGAUCAAUGGUAUUAUAUUGCGAGUGAAGAUAUUCCGGCUGAUGUAAUAACAAGAGGAGAGGCGACUGGACACCGGAAAGUGGUUUGA